CAGACCCUUUCAGGAUGAUAGAGUGUAGUGUUGCGUUAUAUUUUCUAGUUUUUAUUAGUUUUGUAAUUAGGAUAAAUGUUCAAAGUGCAGCAACCACAUUUAGAACAGAAUUGGAAUGUGAGUUCCCACCAAAGAUGGAGGAAGACUUGACCCACGUCAGAAGAAAAAGACUGACCACCAAGAAUGGACUCGUCUGCUUAGAAGACUAUCCUUAUACUGUAUCCAUCAGAUUGCAUGGAAAGCACUGGUGUGGAGGCGCAAUAGUGAGCAAGCUAUGGAUACUAUCCGCUGCACAGUGUUUUGAUUAUGUAACAAAAGAGGAGGUGUCGGUUCGAGUGGGCUCGGUCUUCCGAGACUUCGGAGGCAGGAUCCUCGCGGUGACUGACAUCAGGAGGCACCCGGAGUACAAGAUGGACCAGUACUAUCCUGAACAUAACCUGGCCAUGAUAAAGAUCAAUCUACCCAUCACGACUUCUACUCGGAUGCAGCCGGUGGGGCUCGCUAUAGCUGAUGCCGAUCUGCCUCCCAUGUUUGGGGAGACCGUCGUCACUGGCUAUGGUUCCGUGACCUUUUUCAGAGCUGAAGAUUUUGUUUGGUUGAACGCGCUAAUCUCAGGAGCUACUGGUAACCAAGAGCACCGGCGCAUGAUAGCAUGCGGCCGGCUGGUUUACGGGAAUGAUUACAGCUUGCAGCACGACCGAAUGUGCCUGCAGAGCGUCGUGAAGGGAGUCGCUUUGUGCGCUGGUGACACGGGAGAUCCAGCAGUUCACUUCAGCGGGUUGAAUAGAGCUGGAACGUUAUACGGCAUAGCCCUCUUCUCAGGCACGGAGGAAUGUGCUUACAAGUCUAAACCUGGAAUUUAUGCUAAGGUGUCUUACAGCCGCCAAUGGAUCGACAAACUAAUCGGGGAAACCCCGGACCGUACGGAAAGCGCUGACAGUGGAGAAAACGCCAUCCCAUUGGAUAUGGAAUAA